GUUUAUUUUACUUAAGAACCCUAAUGAUCCCGAAAUUAAAGUAAAAUCAGAUACAUUAAGUGGAACUGCUAAAAAUAUAAAUAAUGAAACAUUAUUUGAUAUUACGCUUGAAUCUAAAUAUGAUGUUGUAGACAAGAAUGAUAAUCCAUUUUCAUCCUUUUCUGCGGCAAUAAUAGCCGCAUAUUUUUGGUUGAAUGGUGAUAUGUUAUUAUUAACGAUAUUAUUAAUAAUUUUAAAUGCGAUUUUAUUUAAUAUUAUAUAUUUGUUUUAUUUUAGUGGAGUGUAUGAAAGAGCAGAAACUAAGGGUAGACAAGCAUUAUUAAGAUUUAGAGCGAAUCAAAUAGCAGAUUAUGAAGCAUUAGAACAUUUUCAUUUUUGGCCUCCUGAACCAGAACCAAAAUAUAUUUAUUAUAUUGGUCAAUCUAAAAAUUUUCAAGAAUGGUAUCAAAAGAGAAAAGAUGACCAAGGUGAAAUUUAUAAUGAUUUUGAAGAAAAACCUACAAAUAUUAUAACUCAAGCUUUUAAAGAUGUUGAUUAUGAUGAAACUUCAAUUUGGCAAUUCGAUGAUGAUAAUUCAUCUGAUACCAAAAAGUUACCGGAAAUAAAGGAAGAAACUAUUCUAUCAAAUUCUUUAGAAAAUUGUCAAGAAAUUUUUUUAGAAAAAAUGAAUGAAACUUCAAAUGGGAAAUUCGAUGAUGAUAAUUCAUCUAAUACCAAAAGUGAAAAUAUGGAAGGUUCUACUGAUUCUACUAUAACGUUACCGAAAAUAGAGGAAGAAACUAUUAAAUCAAAUUCCUUAGAAAAUUCUCAAGAAAUUUUUUUAGAAAAAAUUAAUGAAAAAAUUAAUGAAAUGAAAAAGAUAAAUGAUGAAAUGAAAAAAGUAAAUGAUGAUAUUCAAAAUUUAUUUAAUGAAAUGUAUACUAAAUUUAAUAAUAAACCUCAAAACUUUUGAACGGUAUAAUUUUGUAAUAUUGGUAAUGUGUAACAUAAAAUAGA